CGGCGGUGAUGUGGAAUUUUGUUUAUUUUAAUGUUGUUUAAAUAAAAACUCGAAAUUAAAUAAACGUGGAUACUUUUGGUUUCAUAAAUCGGAAAACAGCAGAUCCGACAUUAUGAGGGACCGUCAGUCGGAAUUGUGUUCAAAAUACAUCAAAAUAUUUUUAGUUGUGUCCUGUUACUGGGUUGUAUCAAUAGCCACAGUGUUUGUAAACAAGAGUCUGUUGAGUGGACAAUCAGUGCACUUGGAGGCUCCUUUGUUCAUCACAUGGUUCCAGUGCAUAGUUUCAUUUGUAAUAUGUUUCACAUUGAGCAGUACAGGAGGGAUUCCCCGUGUGUUCAGUUUCCCUAAAGGCACUCCUUGGUGCAGAGAGGUUGCAAGAAAUGUGGUGCCUUUGUCAAUUAUGUUCACAUUGAUGAUAGCAUUAAACAACCUCUGCCUGAAAUAUGUUGGGGUGCCAUUUUACUUCAUAGGAAGAUCACUGACUACUGUAUUCAAUGUGGCAUUGAGCUGGAUACUUUUGAGACAAGCAACUUCUUUGAAAUGUAUGAUGUGUUGUGCUUUCAUCAUAUUUGGAUUCUACCUUGGAGUUGACCAGGAGAAUUUGUUAGGUUCAUUUUCUCUCCUUGGGACAAUAUAUGGUGUGGCUGGAUCCCUUAUGCUGUCACUAUAUUCAAUUUACACAAAGAAAGUGUUGCCAUGUGUCAACCAGGAAGUCUGGCUUCUGUCCUACUACAAUAAUGCUUACUCGAUAAUAAUAUUUCUACCCCUGAUAGUGAUCAAUGGCGAGAUCAGUGUUUUGUGGAAUUAUAACAACUUUGAUAGUACAUACUUCUGGGUGCAAAUGGUUAUCGGCGGUGUGUGUGGAUUUGCUAUUGGCUAUGUGACCUCUUUGCAAAUUAAGGUCACAUCUCCAUUAACUCACAACAUAUCUGGCACAGCGAAAGCGUGCGCUCAGACGGUAAUAGCCACCCAGUGGUACAACGAGAGCAAGAACACCCUGUGGUGGUCAUCCAAUAUUAUAGUUUUAGCAAGUAGCGCUUUGUAUGCGAGGUUUAAACAGCUUGAAAUGGAGGAGCACGCUAAGAAACCCAUUCCGGAAGAUCGACGGAGCUUAGUAUGACGAUUUUCAUCUGAAACGUUGUGAAUAAUAUAAUCUAGUAAUUUAGUGUUUAAAAUGUCGACCUAAGUAUUUGGGUCUUACACCCAAUGUACAUUAUAAUUUUCAUACAAAGGUAACAAAGAGCAGAAGCUUCAAACAUUACACCAAAGUUCUAAGUGUAAUUAACUUUAUUGAAUUAUUUUAUCGAUUGCAAAAAAAGUGGAGUUCAAUUCGGAGCAUUUCGAACUUCAAAACGCCACUACAAAGUUAAAAGAAUGUUUUAAAACACGUUUGUAGUUUAUUUGGGCUUUUGAUAGGGAUAAAAAAAACUUUUUGAAAAAGUAAUGAAAAAGGUUCUGAAUGCGUUGCCUUAACAUUGUUUUUUUUUUUGACGAUUUAUCAAACAUUAAGGCAAAGUUCAUUAUUUUGUACAUUUGGCUUUUAGCCCUUAUGGCAUUUUAACGCACUUCAGUUUUUAUUUAAAUAAGGAAAUAUUUUUUUGUUACUCGUAUAUUAUGAAGCAUAUGUGUUAAUAAACUUCAUAAUGUACGACAUUUAUUAAAAUUUCCAUUAUGUAAAAUUCCUGAAUCUAGUUAUUUUAAAUAAUGUAGGGAUUUUAUAGAAUGGCGAGUAGAACAAGGAAACACACGUUCUAUUCUACUGUCCACAUAACCAGUUUACUAUUAAUAAGAAGCGUGUAAUGCUACUCACAGGGGAUAAAAAUUAUAUAACCCAUUGAUAUUCCAGACAAGGGAAAAAAAAUAACGUGCCACCUGCCAAAGCGAGGCAAUAUGAGAUAUUUACCCCCGUGUGAUAAUAAAUAUCACACUUAUGUUAUUUCCACUAGUGUGGCAAUGCCGAGUGAGUUGAUGAAUUUAUGGGAGAAAAUAAAAUUUAUCCGUUCCCAGCUGGGCUAGCACGUGCGGGAGAUAAAAAUUAAAUCCUCCGAUUAUAUCCCCCGACAAGGACGUGCCCACCUCUG